AUGCGUUUCGCCGCCAUUGUUUCGUUCCUGCUGCCCCUCGUGGCAGCAAAGCCUGCUCAGAAGGGAAAGACUUUCAGCAACGUUGAGAUCUUUGAUCCUCCCACCAACUACAGGGAUCCUCAGGUUCUCUACUCUCGUCCCCUGGAGCUGUCUGACGGUACCCUUCUGGCUACAUGGGAGAACUACUCCCCCGAGCCUCCCAAUGUGUGGUUCCCCAUCGUCAAGAGCAAGGACGGCGGCAAGACCUGGAAGGAGAUCUCCAAGGUCAAGGACACCCAGAACAACUGGGGUCUUCGAUACCAGCCUUUUCUCUACGAGCUUCCCCGCCAGUUCGGAAAGUUCCCCAAGGGCACUGUCCUUAUUUCGGGCAGCAGCAUUCCCAGCGACUUGAGCCAGACUCUCAUUGAGGUCUAUGCCAGUCGUGACAAGGGCUACACCUGGGAGUUUGUCAGCCACGUUGCUCUUGGUGGCGAGGCCCUGCCAAACCACGGCCUGACCCCAGUUUGGGAGCCUUUCCUGAUGACCUACAAGGAGAAGCUCAUUCUGUACUACUCUGAUCAGCGUGACAACGCCACUCACUCUCAAAAGAUGGUUCACCAGACCACCACCGAUCUCAAGAAGUGGUCCAAGGUCGUCGACGACACCAAGUACGCUGACUACUACGCCCGCCCCGGCAUGCCCACCGUUGCCAAGCUCCCCAACGGCGAGUACAUCUACGCCUACGAGUACGGUGGUGGCCCCAACCCUCCUGCUGGAAGCACCUACUGGUUCCCCGUCUACUACCGCUUGUCCAAGGAUCCCCAGUCGUUCCUCAACAAGCCCCACCACAAGCUCGCCACCAACGACGGAACCCAGCCCGCUGGUUCUCCCUACGUUGUCUGGACUCCCUACGGCGGAAAGAACGGCACCAUCGUUCUCAGCUGCGGUACCAGGUCCGAGAUCUUCACCAACCAGGCUCUCGGUGAUGAGUCGGCCUGGAAGAAGUGGGAUGUUCCUCAGCCUGCUGCUUAUACUCGCGCUCUCUUGACUUUCAAGAAGAACCCUGAUCUGCUCAUGAUUAUGGGCGGUGGUAUUUUGCCUCCUGCUGAUGGCAAGAACACUGUUAGCGCUAGUGUUGUUCCCUUGGAUACUCUCGACGCUGGUAUCGACAUCAUCACCAGCACUUCUCCUACCAAUACCCCAACCUCGAAGAUGAACUUCGAAAUGAUUUUCAUGCGCAACCGCGCAGCAAACGGCGACCUGCCUUCGAAAAUAAUUAGAGAAGUCCUUCGAGAUCCUGACUCGCGUUCGCAAGGUCCCGGCUUCAAUGUCAACUCUAGGGACGAAAUACAGGCUGUAGAAGACCACAUGAGGACCCUUGAAACCUGUCUGAUCAUGAUCAUGGCUGAUCAACGGAUUGCCGCAGAUCACCAAGACCCGAGGUGUUCUCCAGCAGAGGCAGGUCAUUUGGAACGUGUGGCUUCUUCAUUGAGGGGUGCGUUGCAGACUUUGCGAGAGAAGAGAGACCGCCUGGUUCAGGAGCGAGCUAAUGAAUAG